AUGCUAGUAGACGCGUUCGAUAGUGCGAUGUACGCGUCUAUAUUUCACAGACCUCAAGUUAGGAUACUACAAGCAUUGCUCAUCUUGGAGAGCCCUCAGCAACAAGGUCGUUUCUUGGAUUCAAGGAUAGAUCACGGGAUAAUAUGGCAUGAUCUUGCUGUCAGGAGAGACGGCGCACCCAGCCAUUCCGUUCGAUUAGCAGCAGGCGAAGUCAUUACCCCUCGACCCAGAAACUUUCGUGAUGAGGAUCUGUGGAGUCCAGGCGCUGUAACGCAACGUACCGAACCACACCCAUCUUUUGUUCUCACUGAAGUAUCUUGGCAGAUCCACGCUUUUCAAGUGGCUCAUUACUGGAAGAUCGUCUCUGACUUGAUCCGCGAUCCAACGGCAAUGACGCCGGAGCUGGUCAAAUCCAUCGACAGUCAAUUACGGCAGGGGGAUUAUGAGCUACUUAGUCUUAGAGCCAGUCAUCAGCUGUCUCCCAUUCAGGACGUCGUAGUGGAGUCCUUCCAUGGAUCGUACCAACAACGGGUACUUCGUCUACACCGACACUAUUUCAUGCGCAGUUACUCUGACCAAACAUACGAUUUCUCGCAAACCGCUGCACUCACGGCCGCUCGUGCCAUCAUCAAAGGUCACAAAGAUGUCUUUGAGAAGAAGAAUAUGUAUUCCUUAAGAUUCGCUACUCUGGUGUUCUUCUCCCACCACAUAUCCGCGGCUGUACUACUUUUCAUACAUGGUUAUUUGUUCGAGCAAGCUCAGCCACCUAACAGUACCGACGACCAGUCGUUUUGGCAUUUGAGUGUAGGACGGGGUAGAUUGUUUAUUGGGGCGAUGCUGAAUACAUUAUCGAGCAAUCCUCCGACUCAUUUACGUAGUAUCGAAAACUAUAUGAUGGAACUGAAUCGACGAGAAGUUGAGCGACCAGCCGUCAAUACCGCCUCACCAUCGCCUGAAGACUUGCAGCAGUUCUCUCUUCCAGCUUUAUUCGGCUUCCUUGGUGGUUCAACCCAGGGCGAUAUACAAGAUAAUGAUAUGUUGCAAAACCCGACGCAGCUGGACUGGGAUAGCAUGUUCAUGGGGUUCUAA